AUGCAGUGCUAUACGGAACUAUUGCCACCUACGGGGGUUACUCAUGCUUUGGCAGUUCCUUUCACCUCACCAACUGCCAGAAAUCUAAUUGUUGUCAGAACCUCCCUGUUGCAGGUUUUCUCUUUGGUUCAAAAUUUGCAGAAGAAGGACUUGGAGCUUCCUUUUUCAAAGCAACCAGAGACAAAACUCGUACUUGAAAAAGAAUACCCGUUAUCUGGAACCGUGACUGAUUUGAGCCGAGUCAAAAUACUGAACACUAAGAGUGGGGGAGAAGCCAUUCUGAUUGCAAUCCGCAAUGCUAAACUCAGUUUAAUUGAGUGGGACCCCGAGCGUUAUGGAAUCUCAACAAUUUCCAUCCAUUACUAUGAGCGGGAUGAUCUGACUCGCAGCCCUUGGGUGCCUGACCUGAGCCGGUGUGGGAGCAUUCUGAGCGUUGACCCAAGCAGUAGAUGCGCGGUGUACAACUUUGGCAUUCGAAACCUUGCUAUCUUACCCUUCCAUCAGGCAGGUGAUGACCUGGUUAUGGAUGACUACGAACCAGAGCUUGACGGAGAUCAGGACCCGCUGAGACACAGGGAGAGCAAUGGACCAGUGCACCAAACACCUUAUUCCUCAUCUUUUGUCUUGCCAUUGACUGCCUUGGAUCCUUCAUUACUGCACCCUAUAAGCCUUGCAUUUCUCUACGAGUACAGAGAACCGACAUUUGGAAUAUUGUAUUCUCAAGUUGCAACCUCCACUGCUCUCCUCCAUGAGAGAAAGGACGUGGUAUUCUAUGCUGUAUUCACGCUGGAUCUCGAGCAGCGAGCGUCUACUACGCUUCUUUCGGUAUCUCGUCUUCCAAGUGACCUGUUUAAAGUUGUGGCACUCCCACUCCCAGUAGGAGGUGCUUUGCUUCUUGGCUCCAAUGAGAUUGUUCACGUGGAUCAAGCUGGCAAAACCAAUGCGGUUGGAGUCAAUGAGUUUUCUAGGCAGGUUUCUUCAUUCUCAAUGACCGACCAAUCGGACUUGGCGUUCCGUCUCGAAGGUUGUGUAGUUGAGCGACUUGGUGGUGAUAGUGGUGAUCUCCUCUUGGCACUUGCAUCUGGCGACAUGGCACUGAUCAAAUUCAAGCUCGAUGGCCGUUCUGUCUCCGGCAUCGUGGUCCAUUCUCUCCCAGCGCAUGCCGGCGGAAAUAUUCUGAAGUCGGCCGCCUCAUGCUCCACCUGUUUUGACGAUGGAAAUGUCUUUAUUGGAAGCGAGGAUGCCGAUUCGGUGCUCUUAGGAUGGACUUCUGUCUCCAAGAAGCAGAUUGAGUCAAAGCAAUCCGCAGCUGAUGAUGAUAUUUCGGAUGAUGUCGAUGACGACGAUCUUUAUUCCUCAGCGCCUGGACUCACAGAGAUCGAUAAUUCCAUGGCAACCAACCACUCGACCGCCGAGUAUUAUAAUUUUCAAUUGCACGAUCAGCUUUCUAGCAUUGGGCCCUUAAGGGAUAUUACGUUAGGCAAAGCUUUCUCACCUUCAAACAAAGCAGUUACAACUGCUGCCGCAGAACUGGAGUUGGUGGCAUCUCAGGGUUCGGACAGAGGUGGUGGCUUGGUGGUCAUCAAACGCGAAAUCGAUCCUUUGACUACUAUGUCUCUGAAAGUCGACGGUGCAGAUGGAGUUUGGUCAGCCAGUGUUACACAAAGAAGAACCUCUGGCACUGACAAUCCGUCGCGUCGAUAUGUGGUUAUCUCUCGGUCUACCGAAUCGGAACAGGAGGCGAACGAGGUCUUUGUCGUGGAGGAACAAAACCUGAAGCCUUUCAAGGCAUCGGAGUUCAAUCCAAACGAAGAUUGCACGAUUGAUAUUGGAUCUUUGGCAGGCAAUACUCGUCUAGUUCAGGUUCUGCGGAAUGAAGUCAGGAGUUACGACAUAGAUUUGGGGUUGUCACAAAUAUACCCAGUCUGGGACGAAGAUACUAGCGAUGAGCGCGUGGCUGUGAGCGCAAGCUUUGUUGACCCCUACCUCUUAAUAAUUCGCGAUGAUUCAUCAGUAUUGCUCUUGCAGGCGGAUGCAAGUGGCGACCUCGAUGAAGUUGCGCUUUCAAACGAGAUCAACACGUCACAAUGGCGCUCCGGGUGCCUUUAUCACGAUAAUUUCCAGUCAUUCCGUGCGACGGCCUCCACAGAAGGCGAGGUGCUUCUGUUCCUAUUGAGCCUAGAGAACAGGCUUUCAAUCUUCCAACUCUCUGAUAUGAAGCUGGUCGCGGUCAUUGAAGGGGUCGACUGUCUGCCACCCAUACUGUCGACUGAGCCCCCUAGACGAUCUAAUAACAGGGAAAGUCUCACGGAGUUCGUCAUUGCAAAUCUGGGUGACGGUGUCAGCCUUUCGCCUUAUCUGAUUGUUCGAACCGAAAAUGAUGAUCUCGUGUUCUAUAGACCCUGUCUUGCAAAUGCCGAACAUGGUUCGUCUCGCCUGCGAUUAAUCCGGGAGCCAAACAAUAUUCUACCAAAAAGUUCAGAGAAACAAGCACCAAAGCAACGACUGAGACCACUGAGAGUCCUUCCAAAUGUCUCAGGAUUCAGUACUGUUUUUAUGCCGGGAGCUUCAUCAAGUUUUGUUUUUAGGACUGCGAAGAGCCCACCACACGUGAUUCGUCUGAGAGGCGACUUUACAUGUUGGCUAAGUAGCUUUGAUUGGGCUGAUGCUGGCUGCGAGAAAGGGUUCAUUUAUGUAGAUUCUCAGAGCUGCAUCCGAGCUUGCCAAUUGCCUCCGCAAACCCAACUUGACUAUUCGUGGACAUUGCGCAAAGUGCCAAUUGAAGAGCAGGUUGACUUCUUAGCAUACUCAACAUCUUCUGAGACAUAUGUCCUCGGUACAAGCCAUCAAGGAGACUUCAAGUUGCCAGAAGGUGACGAUUUGCACCCGGAGUGGCGAAAUGAAGAGCUAUCCUUCUGUCCCAAGAUACCCGAAAGCAGCAUCAAGGUCGUCAGUCCAAAAACGUGGACGAUCAUUGACAGCUAUCCUCUGGACCCUGAUGAGCAGGUGACCGCAGUCAAGAAUGUGAAUGUUGAGAUAUCGGAGAAUACACACGAGCGGAGAGAUCUGAUUGUUGUCGGAACUGCUAUCGCCAAGGGGGAAGACAUGCCAGCCCGUGGAACCAUAUACGUCUUUGACGUGAUCAAGGUGGCUCCGGACCCCGAGAAGCCAGAGACUGGUCGCAAACUUAAACUGGUCGGCAAGGAGUCCGUGAAGGGCGCAGUGACCGCAUUGUCUGGCAUCGGCGGUCAAGGAUUCAUAAUCGUGGCUCAGGGACAGAAGUGUAUGGUUCGCGGUCUCAAGGAAGAUGGAAGCCUUCUUCCCGUUGCCUUUAUGGACAUGCAAUGCUAUGUCAAUGUUGCAAAAGAGCUCAAAGGCACAGGAAUGGUCAUCUUGGGGGAUGCCGUGAAGGGACUGUGGUUCGCUGGCUACUCAGAGGAGCCCUACAGAAUGACACUAUUUGGCAAAGACCCUGAAUAUCUGGAGGUGGUGGCAGCUGACUUCCUCCCGGAUGGAAACAAGCUUUACAUGCUAGUCGCUGAUAGCGACUGCAACCUGCACGUCCUUCAAUACGACCCUGAAGACCCCAAGUCUUCUAACGGUGACCGGCUACUCAGCCGAAGCAAAUUCUACACCGGCAACUUUGCAUCCUCGAUAACCCUUCUGCCUCGCACAGCGGUUUCAUCGGAAAUCGCCGAGACCGAGGAUGCAAUGUCCGAUGAACCCGCUCUCCAUCAUGUUCUCGUCACUUCGCACAACGGAUCCCUAGCGCUUGUGACGUCCGUCGCCGAGGAGUCAUACCGUCGGCUAUCAGCACUACAGUCUCAACUCAUCAACACAGUCGACCAUCCUGCCGGUUUGAACGCACGUGCUUUCCGGGCUGUCGAGAGUGACGGCGCCGCGGGUCGUGGUAUGGUCGAUGGCAAUCUACUGCGUCUGUGGCUGAACAUGGGCAAGCAACGUCAAGCCGAAAUUGCGGGUCGUGUCGGUGCGACGGAAUGGGAGAUCAAGGCCGACUUGGAGACUAUUGGUGGUGAUGGAUUCGGAUAUCUGUGA